AUGAGUAAGCGGAUGCCCGAGUGGUUUGAGGAGUACCGGAAGGUGAGCGACAAGCAAAGAAACUAUUUAAACCAGAUUCAGGACUUGCGGAGGACAUUUAAGAGUAGUGUCAAUCCAUUGAUGGUUUCUAUAGAGCGCCAGCGACACUUGCGGGGGCGCAAGGUGGAGCCUAAAAAUCCAUCACUUCGCAAAAUGGAACAAAAAGUUAUCCUAUUCGGACCCCAGAAAUUUCCAUCUAGACAAAGUUUUCUACAAGAAAAACCGCACAAAUUUUACAUGACUCCGACAAUACUUCCACGAAACCUGCCCCCGUUGGUCCGAACGAAGAAUGUGGAUCUAAAUGGGGAUGCGGUCCGGAAGGAUGCUGACAUGGAAACGAUUGAUGCUGUGGCAGAGACAAAUCAAGGAAUGAUUCGGAGAAAAAUGUCGGAUAUUUCCGACCUCAACAAAUCUCACUCACCCCGGAAAGUGCUUUCCAUUAGUCGUGUGAAUGUUAAAGAACUCAUUUCCCCGAUGGCAAGGGAUUCUCCAAUUGAAUACAUUACUAAUGUGAGCUCGAGGAAGACUCUGAUGUCAGGACCCACUAAGGCGAAAGAGGGAUAA